GAUCCAUAGAUCCAAAGUCUGCUUCUUUCUUCACCGUUUCGUUGGUUCCAGUUGUGUCAUGGCUCAGGAGAAUCUGUCCGUGGUGCUUCACGCGCAGGGAGACCUCAGGCUCGAGCAUCGUCCUGUCCCAGAACCAGGACCCAAUGAGGUUUUGCUCCAGAUGCAUUCUGUAGGAAUCUGUGGAUCAGACGUGCACUACUGGCAGAACGGUCGAAUUGGAGACUUUGUUCUCAGAACACCAAUGGUGCUGGGCCACGAGGCUGCAGGACGUGUGGUGAAGGUCGGAUCGGCUGUCACACACCUGAACACAGGUGACCGAGUGGCCAUUGAGCCUGGUGUGCCCCGUGAGAUGGAUGAGUUUUUCAAAAAGGGGCGCUAUAAUUUGUCUCCCACCAUCUUCUUCUGUGCCACGCCGCCAGAUGAUGGAAACUUGUGCAGAUAUUACACGCACAACGCCAACUUCUGUUACAAGUUGCCUGAUAACGUCACGUUUGAGGAGGGGGCUCUCAUUGAACCCCUGUCUGUGGGGAUUCAUGCAUGUUGCCGUGCAGGUGUCACCCUCGGCACCACCGUGCUCAUCUGCGGUGCAGGACCUAUUGGAUUAGUCAGCUUGCUUGUUGCCAAAGCAAUGGGGGCCUCGCAGGUCGUCAUCACCGAUCUGUCUGCAGAGCGUCUGAUGAUGGCCAAAGAACUGGGUGCAGACUUCCAGCUGACGGUGAAGAGAGAAGACGGAGCCCAGCAGUUGGCCAAGAAAGUGGAGGAUGUGUUGGGAGCUCAGCCUCAAGUCACCAUUGAAUGCACUGGUGUUGAGAGCUGCAUCCAAACUGCCAUCUAUGCAACAUGUUCAGGGGGAGUGGUGGUGCUGGUGGGCCUGGGUGCCGACAUGACCACAGUUCCUCUCGUCAGUGCAGCUGUCAGAGAGGUGGACAUCAGAGGAGUCUUCCGCUACUGCAACACCUGGCCCAAGGCCAUCGCCAUGUUGGCGUCGGGUAAAGUGAACGUGAAGCCCCUUGUGACCCACCGCUUUCCUCUGGAACAGGCAGUCCAGGCCUUUGAGACCACACGUCAAGGUCUUGGGAUAAAGGUCAUGCUAAAGUGUGAUAAAAAUGACCAGAACCCGUGAAUGUACCCCCCCGAAGUAAACCAAACCGGAGCAGCUGAAGUUGACUCAGCACAAACUGACCUCUGACCUCAGACAGAUACCAGGAGGAGUUGAACGGAUCGCACCGAUCGCAGCACUGACGUGUUUCUCUUCAAACGGUACAAAUAACUGUUCAAUGACCUUCCAUCAUGGCUCUGAUGGCUCUAUGUAAUUAGCAUGUUUUCUUGCACUUUGAGUAAUUUUAAAUACAUAUUCAAAUAAAAAAUCUUAAAAUAAAAA